AUGGUCAGAUACAGAGUAGCAUAUCGGUUGUUUUCAGGUAUGUCUCCUCCAAAAACACCCGAUACUAUACAAGAAGACUACUAUGAGCUUCUUGGUGUUGAGAAAAAAUCAAGCGAGGCAGAAAUAAAAGCAGCGUAUCGCAAACUAGCAUUGAAGUAUCAUCCAGAUAGAAAUCCAGGCGAUGUGCAUGCUCAAGAACAGUUCAAGAAAAUUUCAAUAGCAUACUCGGUUCUCAGUGAUCCGAACAAGCGCCGCCAAUAUGAUGUAAGCGGUCCCAGUUCCAGCCAGCUUGAUUUUGAAGGAUUCGACGUGUCCGAACUUGGGGGUGUAGGUCGUGUCUUCGGUGCUCUGUUCAAUAAGUUAGGUGUUCCAAUUCCUACUCAGAUUGUGCCGAAGGUACUAGCCCAAGCUCGCCAACUCUGUGAGGGAUCUUCAUGCGAUGUUGAAGCACGACCCAUCCAUCCGGGCGAAUGCAUCUCUGCUAGCAUUGCAAAACAGGAAGGAGCGUUUUAUAGCAUAGAAAUGAGGGAAGAAUACCGAAAACAUGGCAUUUGUAUUGUUUGCAAGUCGUCCUCUUCCAGCAAAUUCAAAUUGGUUUUAUUUGACAAAGAAGGAGGAGUACGAAUGAUUCAAGAAAGUCAAAAGAAGAAGGCUGGGACACAGGCAGAGAUGUUCUUUGUGCCAUUUACAAUAGCUAAUCUAGGAGAAUUUGUACCGAUGAAAUUCCAUAUGGAAGACAGGGACACUCCACUCACAUUCCAUUACUUGGAUACUCUAGAAACUCAGGUCGCACAUUUACUCGAUUCGAGGAAACAUAUUCUCUGCGUUUACGGGGACAACUGGUUGAAUUCGGUGAAGUAUAGCAUCACGUUCUUACCAAUUUCUAGCGACAGUGAUAUUCACUUAAAUGAAAUUACUGAGGUAGAGAAAGAUUUACUCACGAAGAAGACAGAGAUGGCAAAAUUCCAGACAGAAUACGCAGAAGCGAAGAAAAAGUUUGAAGAAGCUGUUGAACGACUGAAGAAAGAAGACAAAGAAAUUCAGGAGAAAUUAAAAACCCGAGAGAAAGCUUAUGAAGAUGUGAUAAAUAUGAGUCAGUCCAAAUUUAUGAACCAUGUCUCACCAUCGAAGUCCGGGAAAUCGUUCUUUGGUUUAUUCUAG